UGUCAAACACAAGGCGUAAAGCAACAAUGAAACACCACGCAUUUUCGUGACUUAAAAAUCAUCUCCGUCAAUUCGAGCAGUUGCCUACUUAAGACAAUCAUGUCACUUAAAACAAUCAAGACACGAACCCUCGAAGUCGGGUACUACGACCACGGCCCCUCAUCAGGCUGGCCCGUUCUUCUAUAUCACGGCUUCCCAUACGACAUCCACGCAUAUGAUGAAGUCGUUCCAAAACUCGUCUCGAGCGGCGCAAGAGUCAUCGUUCCCUAUGUCCGUGGCUACGGCCCAACACGCUUCCUCUCAGAAUCAACCAUGAGAAGUGGUCAGCAAACAGCUCUUGGCUCGGAUGUCAUUGAGCUCAUGGAUGCUUUGAACAUCGAAAAGGCCAUUCUCGGCGGUUUUGACUGGGGUGGAAUGUCUGUAUGCGUUGCAUCUGCUCUCUGGCCUGAACGUGUUGUCGGACUCGUCUCAUAUGCAGGCUAUGACAUUGCAGACCUUUCAAGUUAUCAAAGACCUUUUGCACCAAGCUUGGAAUGUGUUUGUUGGUAUCAACACUUAUUCCAACAGGAACGGGGAGUGGCAUGUCUCACAGAGAGUCGACGGGAGCUCUGUCGAAUUCUGUGGAAGCAAUGGUCACCUUCAUUCUCUUUCACGGAGGACUUUUACAACCGCACAGCAGAAACUUUUGAUAAUCCUGAUUUUGUCGACGUUGUCAUUCAUGCUUACAGGUUCUGCUUUGGUAAUGCAAAAGGUGAUCUAGCUUUGCAGAAGUUGGAAGAUGCUUUAGCUGCUCAGCCUAAGAUAAAUGUUCCGACUAUCAGUUUGGACGGACUGCAGGAUCCGCUGAAGCCGGGUGGUACUGCUGCACAUGCUGAGCACUUUUCUGGUCGUUAUGAGAGAAGAGAGGCUGAUGUUGGACAUGCCUUUCCAAUGGAAGCUCCGGAUGAGUUUGCCGAUGCCAUCUUGAUGGUUCAUAAGUGGGAGACUGGCUAGAACUUAGGCAACUACGUAGCUGAUUGCUGGCCAUAAGGUUAAACUUUAGGCUGCCAACACAGAUAAUGAGGACACGAUA